AUGUCCCACCCAAGGAUAGAAGAAGUCUCGGACAGCGACUUCGACUCUGACCCAGCCGAGGCCGACAUUGACGACUUUGCCGAGUCGGAUAUCAUGCGUCGCGUCGAACCCAAGUCCUCCACAACGACAUCAUCAUCCGCUCCCCGACAAGCACCCGCAGCCGCAGCAGCCAGCCAGCAGAUGCCGCACAUCGUCCCCGCCGGAGCCCCCAUGGGCAGCACCCUCCCAGCAAACGCAGACCGCUCCGCCUACGCCGACUUUCAGUGCCUGUACCCCGUCUACUUUGACGCCUCGCGGUCUCGCGCCGAGGGCCGCCGCGUCAACGCCGACCUCGCCGUCAAAGACCCCCUCGCGCGCGAGAUCGCAAACGCCUGCUCGCGGCUGCGCCUCCCGACCCUCUUCGAGCCCGAAAAGGUGCACCCUAAGGACUGGGCAAACCCGGGCCGAGUCAAGGUCGGCCUCAAGAAGACCCCCGGACACCCCGUGCAGAACAAGCACCAUCUGUACCGCCUCAUCGCCGAGCACCUCAAGGACAACCCCACCACCGAGGACAGCGCCGGUCUGCGUGUUCGGAUUGGGGGUCAGUUGCAGCCAGAGCCUGGUAAGCCUUACCCCAAGCCUGCUGUGCCGCGAGGCUGGAAGAUGGGUGAGCUGCUGCCCUACCUGAGCCCUGCCAUGACGGGCGGUGGUGUGUCAGAGAACCUGUUCAAGGAUAUGAUGAAGGAGAUGCAAGGUGGUGGAGAUCCCAUGGCGGCUCUGAUGGGUGCGCAAGCGGGUGGUGACGAGAGCAGCAGUGGAGGUGGCAAGAAGAAGAAGGAUAAGAAGGGCAAAGGCCGAGCAUAG